GCAGAGAUCGGUGCUGGGACGGAACACGGGUUUCUCUCAAAUCCGGAAUGUGAGGCCUUGGCCCGCUGUCCCCUGCUCCUUGUCGCGCUCCUCACCCGGGCCUACGUCCGCUGCCGCUGCCCCAGAGUUCGUCCCCGGAAAAGCCAGGGUGGCCGUGCCCUUCUGCCGUGUGCCCGCGUGGGUGGCUGCCGCCGCCCCUCCGAAUCCUCCGGGGCCGCAGAGGAGUUCGCUACGGAGGGAGGCGGGGGCCUUCGGGAGGAGGAGGCGGAGGAGGCGGAGGAGGAGGGAAGGAAGAUGGCGGCCGUGGAGCUAGAGUGGAUCCCAGAGACUCUCUACAACACCGCCAUCUCCGCCGUCGUGGACAACUACAUCCGUUCCCGCCGAGACAUCCGCUCGUUGCCGGAGAACAUCCAGUUCGAUGUUUACUACAAGCUUUAUCAACAAGGACGCCUAUGUCAACUGGGCAGUGAAUUUUGUGAAUUGGAAGUUUUUGCUAAAGUAUUGAGAGCGCUUGAUAAAAGACAUUUGCUUCAUCAUUGUUUCCAGGCUUUGAUGGAUCAUGGUGUGAAAGUUGCUUCAGUCUUGGCCUAUUCAUUCAGUAGGAGGUGCUCUUAUAUUGCAGAAUCAGAUGCUGCAGUAAAGGAAAAAGCCAUUCAGGUUGGCUUUGUUUUAGGUGGCUUUCUUUCCGAUGCAGGCUGGUACAGUGAUGCUGAGAAAGUUUUUCUGUCUUGCCUUCAGUUGUGUACUCUACAUGAUGAGAUGCUUCAUUGGUUUCGUGCAGUAGAAUGUUGUGUGAGGUUACUUCAUGUGCGAAAUGGAAACUGCAAAUAUCAUUUGGGUGAGGAAACAUUUAAGUUAGCUCAGACAUAUAUGGAUAAACUCUCAAAACAUGGCCAGCAAGCAAACAAAGCUGCGCUCUAUGGAGAAUUGUGUGCACUCCUGUUUGCAAAGAGUCACUAUGAUGAGGCAUACAAAUGGUGCAUUGAGGCAAUGAAAGAAAUCACAGCGGGCUUACCAGUCAAAGUUGUGGUAGAUGUUUUAAGACAAGCUUCUAAGGCUUGUGUUGUAAAACGUGAAUUUAAGAAGGCAGAACAAUUAAUUAAACAUGCAGUGUAUUUGGCACGGGAUCAUUUUGGAUCCAAACACCCAAAGUAUUCUGAUACACUGCUAGACUAUGGGUUCUACUUACUCAAUGUAGAUAAUAUCUGUCAGUCUGUUGCAAUAUAUCAGGCAGCUCUUGACAUUCGGCAGUCAGUGUUUGGUGGCAAAAAUAUCCACGUAGCAACAGCUCAUGAAGACUUGGCUUAUUCUUCUUACGUUCACCAGUAUAGCUCUGGAAAAUUUGACAAUGCACUAUUUCAUGCAGAAAGAGCUAUUGGUAUCAUUACCCACAUCCUACCUGAAGAUCAUCUUCUUUUGGCUUCUUCAAAGAGGGUGAAAGCACUUAUUUUAGAGGAGAUUGCAAUUGACUGUCAUAAUAAAGAAACUGAACAGAGGCUGCUUCAAGAAGCUCAUGAUUUGCACCUAUCUUCACUCCAACUAGCUAAAAAAGCUUUUGGGGAAUUUAAUGUACAAACUGCAAAACACUAUGGAAACCUUGGAAGACUUUAUCAGUCAAUGAGAAAAUUUAAGGAAGCUGAAGAAAUGCACAUCAAAGCAAUUCAGAUUAAAGAGCAGCUUCUUGGUCAAGAAGAUUAUGAAGUAGCCCUCUCAGUGGGACAUCUGGCUUCUUUAUAUAAUUAUGACAUGAAUCAGUAUGAAAAUGCUGAGAAACUUUAUUUGCGAUCUAUAGCAAUUGGGAAGAAACUUUUUGGUGAAGGCUACAGUGGACUGGAAUAUGAUUAUCGAGGUCUCAUUAAACUUUACAACUCCAUUGGAAAUUAUGAGAAAGUGUUUGAAUAUCACAAUGUUCUGUCUAACUGGAACCGGUUGCGAGAUCGACAGUAUUCAGUGACCGAUGCUCUUGAAGAUGUCAACACCAGCCCCCAGUCUACUGAAGAAGUGGUGCAGUCCUUCCUGAUUUCUCAGAAUGUUGAGGGACCGAGCUGCUGAGGCAUGAUCUCAGUUAACUAAUUUACCUUUUCCCAGAUUCCAGGGAAUUCAUACUGUGAAAUCAAAACCAUGUUGUUUUUUGGGGCUGGAAUUUGCAUUGAAACACUGGUCCAGUCCAUUGACCCUAUUUGGGUGAUCCCUAUCUCGCAGAGUGUCUGUAGGUAUAAGCAUAUAUUCAGUUAUAUUCAGCAUGUACCGCAUGUAUAAGUAGUCUGGCCCAUAUUUUCCACUUAGUAGAACAAACAACAGGAAAUCUUUUUUUUUCUUUUUAAAAAAUAUUUCAUUUUGCAGAAAGCCUGAAAGAAAAAAAGAACCCCUAAAUAAAACUAUUUAAGAGUUUAAGAGUUGCAUUCUUAUUAUGUAAGGAUGAUUUUAACAACUUUUUAACAUAUAAUUCUUCCUUGUGGAGGUAUUCAAUACUGUACUGUAAAGAAAUUUCAUGGGGAAAAUCUUUAUAUGCAGUAUAGAAAAAUUAACAGAUGUACUAAUAGAAGAGGGAUAUCCUGGCUUAGGUUUGGCUACCUGACCCAGAGAAGUGGAUACAACCACUCCAGAGCUCCAAGGGAAGGGAAAGGCAGUCAGAUUCUUCUGUACUGGACCAGUGUGGAUCUGUAAGUAAUAGAAAAGCUGAUAGGCCAGCAGUUUUAACUCUUGGUUUUUGUUUUCUUUUCUCUUGGUACAACAAUGCAAGAUGCUGUGAUAACAUUUGCUAAGGACCAGGAGAAUCUAAAAAGGACCAGCCUCAUGUAGAAAGGGUUAAAGGGUUAUUUGGACCAGAGGCUUUAGAUGAUUAUUUUAGCCCCUGAGUUUACUUUUAACAGUAGAAUGAUUACAUUUAGAUGUAUAAUGAAAAUUAAUAAUGCAAAAAUUAUAUUCAUGUAAUAGACACCAAACUAGGGCAAUUUGGCAAUUUAAGUGACAUAGCUUUAGUCAAGGUACACAGGUGGCAGUGCCAUAAGCAAGUCUAUAAGUAUCUGCUGCAGCCAUCCCCCUCAUUUUAAAUGUUACCCCAAUAAUCAGUGCAGUUAACAAGUAUACUGGCUAAGAGUAAUGGAAUUUCUCUUGUCCAGAUGGGAAUUUUAGGUUACUAUAUGGUUUAUGGGGCUUAACAGAAAAAUGAAUGCCCCCUAAUAAGCAGGUCUUAGAAAUAUUUCAUUUUUAUGAUAAUAGUACAGCUUGGUCAUUUUAUUUGAAAUUCAGGAAUCAAAUGGAAAAAUCCCCUAAUAUAUCUAUUUCACUAGGUUGUCUUUCUCUUUAUUGGGUUUUGAUUUUUUUUUUUAAGUCAGGUUAUUUAAUGUUGAGGUAAUAUUCAAAUUUGAGAAGUGUGACAUGUAGCAAUCCAAGAAACUAAAAGGUCUUUUGCUGUUACCUCAGUUCUUAUUAUAGUGGCCUAUUUGGUGCCUCUAUAGUUAAGAAUCAGGGUUUUCCCCCCUAUUUUCAGGGGCUUAUGACUUGGCUGUUGGAGAUGUUAUUCCUGGCUAAGUGCUUGGAGUAGUCUAUGGGUGAGUGGAUGUGUGUUGAGUUUUCGUUUUCUUUAAACAUGCAUGUUGGGGUGGGAGGGGGGAGAAAAAUCUGAACUGUUCUCCGCAUUCAAUACAGAAAAAGUAAUUGGGUAUUUCAGAUAAAUUUGAUUUUAAACACUUUUGAACUUCCCAAAUAUAACCUUGUUUAAAACUGUCUUUUGCAGUCUUGUUAGUUAUGAGCCAGUAUUUUUAAGUCCUUGGGAUGGGAUUGAUUGGGGAGGCACUUAAAGAGAUGAUGCAGGCCCAGAUUUUAAGAUUAUAACUAUGUGAUUUCAAAACCUGAGUUUAUUCAUUGAAUUGAAUUAUUUUCUUUUUAAUUUCUAAAAGACUACAUUGGCACACCCGCACCUCCCCACUCCCAGUUAAUUGCAAUAUGAUUCCAAGAGGCACCUCUUUAUUAAUUACCAAACAGUCUGUGUGACCAAGGACUAACAUCUUUAAGUUACUCAGCUCUAUCCUCAUGGGCCUAUAUAUUUAAUACCUCCAAAGAUAUUUUCAGGAUAGGCUUUGUAUACUUUUGUUGGUUAUUUAGAGUCCUGUGGUAUGUUUGUGGUAUAGGAAUGUCAUGGUAAAAUGUUUUUCAAUAAAUAUUUUGAAACUUAUGUUUUCAUAUGAAGUUUUUUUUUUUUAAUCUAUAUUUUUUGGUUUUGUGCACAUAUAACAUUUCCUAGGAUAAAAUCAAGCAAAUGACUUAAGGCCUCAUUCAGUCUGAGCUUAAUUUAGCUCACAUUCUGUGAUAAAGCAACAUGAUAUUAGGUGCCUAGGAUCACAGGGUGGUAAUGUUAAGUGACAGCCAGUUUUCUUUAAAAAAAAAAAAUUAUUGGUAGUUUUUCUUUAUUACUACUACUUUAAUGUAGUUUUCUAUAAAUCCAUACACUUUGAUCUAAUGCAAAUACACUAGAUUGAAAAGAGAGAUUACCAGUUUCUGUUAGUGAUGUAACGUAAGAUGUUGCUUAUGGUUUUAAUGAAGAAUAAAUACCCUGAUAAUUUAAAGUGUGGGAUUUAUCCUUUUAGUAGAAAUGUUUAGGAUAAGUGAGAGAGGUAAAUGUCACCAUGAUUUCUGGGGUUAAAAAAUCUCAGAUGAAGAGGAAAAUAAAAUUUACUUCACAACAGCCAAUAGCUUACACAAAAUUUUCUCAUAUGGUAGGAUUGUGUGUAAGGAAGCCUAGACCAACUUUGAGAUUUUUCUGGAAGUUCAGCAAAGUAAUGUUAAAGAAGGGGCCUUUGGUCUCAUCUGACUUCCGUUUCUUUUCUCUUACCCAGUCUUUUUCCUAAAGUUCAGUGCUACUCAAGUUGGGUGCAUUAGAGAGCUCUAUAAUACUCAUGGGCCACAUGAGUAGUCAGUCACCUCUGCAUUCGAUUUAAUGGAGCCAGUUGGGUUUUUAGAACAUAAUUUUUAUGGGUCCCCAAAAAGCUGACUCUGCUGAAAGCAUUAGGAUCCUUCAAAGCUCUGUCUCUGCUUAAGAAUGAAUCAGCAUUGCUUUGUAAUAACCCCACUGUAGUAAUUCCAGGAUGCUUUCAUUUAUAAAAAUAAAAUAUUUGACAAAGACCUUUUUUCCUAGGCUUUUUGCGAAGAGUUCAUUAUAAGGUGAAAAUUAAGUCCAGAGGCUGCAACCUUAUAAAUAAUGAGUUGCCAUUUGGCUGUUCCUUAGAGUGCAAACAGCAUGAUGAACAGUAAACAGGCCUGAAACAUGAUUGAGGUUUUGACCAUACUUUUGAAAGAAUGGUUUGCUAAGUAGCAAAUGCAAUUAACUGCCAAUUAGUUUUUAUUUUUUUCCCCAGAAUAUUGUAUCCUUGAUGCUUCUAAACUAUCCUUUUUCUGGAUUGGCAGAGUUACUACUGGAAAAAAUACAUACUUAUAAUUAGUGCAAACCUUUUUUAAGAGGUUUAUUUUUGCUUUAAAAUUAACAUAUUUCGUCUCUUGGUUUUGGAAAACCUCAGAUCUUGCUAGGAAAUCCUUUUUCUUUUCUUUUUUUAAUUUGACAUUUGGAUUAAUCUCUGGCGUGAACACUAGAAGUUGUAUUGCCCACAAAUCUCAGGAAUGUUUUAGGCAGAAAACUGGUUUUACCCUGUUGGAGAUCUGAAGGAGUGUACUUUAGGAUUUAUUAAAUAAUGCCCUUCUUUCAUUGCAAUCCUAGGUAUCAAUAGCAUGAGUGGCCUUAGUGAGUUUGUUGAAGUGUACAUUUUUUCAAAAGUAAAGUUUAAGAUUAAAAUAUAUGCUAUAUAUAGAUAUCUAGAAAACUUGGUUUGUGGUGCAUAAGUGUUGGAUCACUAAAUAACUGUUGCAGGUACCAUUUGUGUAACAUUACUCAUUUCUGUAUAUUCCUUUUAUGGGAAGAUAUGUUGCCACGGUAACUGAAACUUUUCAAUUUAGUUCUACUUUUAUGAUGUGAAUGAAUGCUACAUUUUAUUAAAUAUUACCAGGUCAGUACUAUUUUUAUACUUUAUUAAGCAACAGGGGAUUUUAGUUUAAUAGACUCAAAAUAAAAAGCUCUUAAUGAAACAAUUAAAAGCAAAUCACUAACAAUUCUUUACAUAAAAAUCCCCACUAAUAGUGCCACAGUAAUUUCUAUAGAAAUAUCUAAGGUCAUUGAUUUUUUUAAGACAAUUCUUCAUUGUGUCAGAAUGACCUUUCAUAUCAUCCUUAUCACAAACUUGUAGUACCCACCAUUUUUUGUAACCAUUAAACCAUACUAAGUAUGUUUGUAACCAGCAUUGUGAUAUAUUCUGUACUUGUAUUGCUAAAAAUGAAUUAUUGACCUAAUAAAUAUAGUGUU